GCACAGCAGGAGUAACAUGGCGGCACAGUUAGCCAGCAGAAAUGUUGUUUCACUACCGCGAAGGUCAGAGCGGCGUCUGAUAAACGGAAUUUAACAACGAGGACACAGCCUAAAGUAUUAAAUCCAGGGAGACGCGGAUGAUGCUUAAAGGUUUCCUAGCAUUACCGUCUUGCUGCAAUGGCCUGAGGGAAUCUCUGGACUGAAACCAAGACGCUGAUAUGCAUUGAGGAUGAGUGGAGUCGGUGAAAACUCAUCUGACCCUGCCAGGGCAGAGUCGCGAAAACGCAAAGAAUGUUCUGCCGAACUUUUAGGACCCAGUCCAAAGCGGAGCAACGAGAAGCGCAACCGCGAGCAUGAGAACAAAUACAUCGAAGAGCUCGCCGAGCUGAUCUUCGCCAACUUCAAUGACAUCGACAACUUCAAUGUCAAGCCUGACAAAUGUGCAAUCCUGAAGGAAACUGUGAAACAGAUCAGACAAAUAAAGGAGCAAGAAAAAGCUGCAGCAGCAAAUGAGGAGGAGGUACAGAAGGCUGAUGUCUCAUCAACAGGCCAAAGUGUGAUUGACAAAGAUGCCUUGGGACCAAUGAUGCUGGAGGCCCUGGAUGGCUUCUUCUUUGUGGUGAACAUGGAGGGUAACAUCGUGUUCGUGUCUGAAAAUGUGACCCAGUACUUGCGCUACAACCAGGAGGAGCUGAUGAACACCAGUGUCUACAGCGUGCUUCACGUCGGGGAUCACGCUGAGUUCAUCAAGAACCUGCUGCCCAAAUCCCUCGUGAAUGGGGUCCCAUGGUCCAGUGACGGUCCGAGGAGGAACAGUCACACGUUCAACUGUCGAAUGCUGGUCAAUCCCCACAGCGACAACCAGGACGAGCCGCACGAGCAUGAGCCUCAGCAGCAGAAAUACGAGACCAUGCAGUGUUUCGCCGUUUCAGAGCCGAAAUCCAUCAAGGAGGAAGGAGACGACUUUCAGUCGUGCCUGAUCUGUGUGGCUCGCAGGGUGCCCAUGAAGGAAAGACCCAUGCUUCCCACGCAUGAGAGCUUCACCACGCGCCAGGACCUGCAAGGUAAGAUAACAUCCCUGGAUACAAGUCUGCUGCGGGCGUCCAUGAAGCCGGGCUGGGAGGAUCUGGUGAGGCGCUGCAUCCAGAGGUUCCACCUGCAGAAUGACGGAGAGAUGUCUUUUGCAAAGAGACAUCAGCAGGAAGUGCUGCGCCAUGGCCAGGCAUUCAGCCCCAUCUACCGUUUCUCCCUCUCUGACGGCACCAUCGUGUCAGCGCACACCAAGAGCAAACUGGUGCGCUCACCAGCCACCAAUGAACCCCAGCUCUACAUGUCCCUGCACAUUCUUCAGAGGGAGCAGACAGUAUGUGGAAUGGGCCAGGACAUGGGUCCUGGCAGUCAGGCCACAGGGAUGGCUCCCAAACCAAUGAACUCCUCCACUCCCUCCAUGACUCCUCCUACCCCAGGCAGUUUGCCAGGCUCAGGGCCUCAGGGCCAAGACACUACCAUCAGCAGCAACAGCACGCCUUUUUCCUCUCCAGGCCCGGCUGGCCCCAGAGAACCAGCAGCCAUGGGGGGUCAUAUGCAGGGCUACCGUUUUGGCUGUCCCCCACCACACAACCAUACUGGGGGCAUGCAGCCGCCACAGCAGGGCCCCAACUGGAGGAUGAACAGCCCCUCUCGCGCUAGCCCCAGCCCAGCUGGUGGGCCCCAUCCACCUCAACAGAACUCUAUGCUGUCGCCCAGGCACCGCGGUAGUCCUGGGGGGGCAGGCAGCCCUCGUGUAGCUGGAGGCUUGCACUCACCCUCCCCAGUAGGGAUGUGUAGUGCAGGGCCUGGAGGUGCAGGUAGUAGCAGCACAACUAGCACCCAUGCUAACAGCUACACUAGCAGUUCUCUGUCAGCUCUACAGGCCCUUAGUGAGUGCCACGGUGUCGGACACGGGCAUGGGCCCCCUCAUGCACACACACUGGGGUCUCCUGAUCGAAAGAUAGGCUCCCCAGCUGGUGUGACACCAGGGUCAGGGGUGAACACUCAUCUGAUGUCAAAACUCGGAGGCAGUGGUACUGCCAGUGGUGCAGGGGACUCAUUUGGACCUCACACCGAGGUGGGUCAGGGGCACACCCAGGGCCAGGCAGAGAGCAACUUAGCUGAGCCCAAGGAGGAGAGGGAAGGGCCCACAGAGGGCCAUGACGCUCACAAUCGUCUGUAUGACAACAAGGGCCACACCAAGCUACUGCAACUGCUCACCACCAAGCCAGAGCCUCUGGAGACGCCCCUGUCACCUGGCGCAGGAGGUGAGGGCAAGGACCAGGCUGGGACUGGGGUCCGAGGUGGGCACACUGGGGGUAACACUCAUGCUACAUCCCUCAAGGAAAAACACAAGAUCCUCCACCAACUGCUUCAGAACAGUACGUCUCCAGUAGACCUGGCCAAACUCACUGCAGAGGCAACAGGCAAAGAGCUGGGCCAAGAUCAAGCCCAGGGCACGGGAAGUACAGCUUCUGGAGGAGAAAUUGCUACAAAGCAGGAGCCCUUGAGCCCCAAAAAGAAGGACAAUGCCCUGCUACGCUACCUACUGGAUAAGGAUGACACUGUAAUGAAGGACAAGGUCCCUAAACUGGAGCCUGGGGAGGUGAAGGUGGAAGGGGGCAAACACCCUCUUGUCAAGACGGAGAAACAAGACACAGGAUACGACAGGGCUGAACAGUCGUCGGAACUGGAUGACAUCCUGAACGACCUGCAGAAUGCUCAGCCGCAGCUUUUCUGUGAGCCACGGCCCGUUUCGUUGCCCAGUCCCAUGGACAAACAGAACAUCAUCAAUGACAUUCUGCAGAUGUCCGAGACCAAUCCUGCCAUGGCCGCACAGCAGCAACACAGGGGCAUCGGGACUGGUAUGAGCCCAGCGAACUUUACAGGUGUCCGACCGAGUCAGCCCGGCCGGGGUCUACCUGUGAGGAGCGUGUCUCUGGACAUGAAUGUGUCCCCCCAGCAGCCCUCUUUACAGUACCCCAUAAGGGCCACUAGCCCAUACACGAUUAUGCAGCAGCAACAGCAGCAAGGCAUGGUGGGAAGUCACGGCAUGAUGGCUAAUCAGGCCGGUUUGGUCAACACAGGAUUGAUGGCUCCAGGUGGUCCGAGGCCAGGCAUGCAGCAGCAGGAGGGUUGGGUGGGUUCAGCCUCUGCACCUCCUCUGGGAGCGUCCGGCCCCGGGCAGCAAGGUCCCAUGCAGGGCAGGAUGGGGCCGAACGGUGCGCCUAUGAGGCCCAACAGCCAGCCAGGGCCCCGGCAGAUGCUCCAAUCCCCAAUGAUGGCAAACGCUCAACCUGAUAUGGACAUUGGUAUGGUCAGCCACCAUUUCUCCCAACAACAGGCUCCACCCAACCAGACAGCCCCCUGGCCAGACAGCAUGAUGCCCAUCGACCAGACAGCUUUUGUAAAUCAGACCAGGCCGGUGCACUCUGCGCCCCAGGAUGAGUUGCUGUGUAGCACGGGACUCGCCUCAGGUGAUGGCAGUGCAGUAGACGAGGGGGCCCUAAUGUCCCAGCUGUACACCGCACUAAAAGAUUUUGAUGGUCUGGAGGAGAUUGAUCGUGCUCUGGGGAUCCCAGCUCUGGUAGAACAAAAUCAAACACUGGAGCCAGACCAGUUCCCCCAGGACCCCUCCAUGAUGAUAGACCAAAAGCCUCCCAUGUACACCCAGCAAUUUGGUCCCCCGCCAUCCCACAUGGCCCAAAGGGGCUACCCUGGUGCCCCCAUGCAAGAGCCAGGCUUCCACCCCAUGUCUGGCCAGAUAGGUCCACGCCCGGGUUACCCCAUGAUGAGGAUGCAGGCCCGGCCCGGUCUCAGGCCCACUGGGGUCGUCCCCAACCAGCCCAACGCACUACGACUACAGCUUCAGCACCGGCUACAGUCACAGCAGAACCGUCAGCCCAUGAUGACUCAGAUGAGUAGUGUGUCAAAUGUGAACCUACCUCUUAGAGCCAGUGCUCCAAACCAGGGGACCAUCAACGCUCAGAUGUUGGCACAGCGUCAGCGGGAGCUGCUGAGUAAUCACCUGAGACAGAGGCAGCAGCAGCAGCAGCAGGCCCAGCAGGUCCAGCAGCAGAGGAGCAUGGCCAUGAGGGCCCAGGGCCUCAACCUGCCUCCCAACAUGGCCGCCGGAGGCAUGAGUAAUCCCCGGAUCCCCCAGGCCAACCCCCAGCAGUUCCCCUACCCGCCCAGCUACGGUACCAGUACAGGCCUGGCCUCGCCACCUCCCCCUACCAGCCCUUUCUCCUCCCCUCUCUCCCCCAGCCUGCCCUCUCUCCCCCCCAACCCUCAGCUCCACAUGCAUGGCACCUCCUCCUCUUCCUCCACCUCCUCCUCCUCCUCACAGAUGAUGAUGGGAAACACAAACAUGAUGGGCGGACAGUACGGGGCCGUACUCAGCCCCCAAAUGCAGCACAGUGCCUUUCAGUUUCCCAACUCAGGUAUGAGCCAACAGGCAGAUGGAGGUUUUGGAGGUCCCGGCGCACCGCAGAGCCCCCUGCUUUCCCCCCGCAUGGCCCACACACAGUCCCCAAUGAUGCAGCAGGGCCAAGGAAACGCUGCUUUCCAGGGCUCCCCUGACAUGAACGGCUGGCCACAGGGCAACAUGGCAGGCAACAGCAUGUUCUCACAGCAGCAGGCGUCACCGCAGUUCACCCAGCAGAGUAACAGCAACAUGUACAACGGCAACGGCAUGAACCUCAACAAUGUCUCCAUGGCCAGCAACAUGGCAACCAGCAGCAUGGGCCAGAUGGCUGGACAGAUGAGUGUCACGUCCAUGGCCUCAGGGCCCUCACCCGGCUUGCCCUCCAUGGGGCAAGAACAGAAAUACUGUUGACCCUCAUGGAGUUUGUAACCUCAGUGAUCAGCUGGUGCAAGGAGCGCGUCGGCCCUUUAAAAAUUGUACAUGUAACCAACCGACUGCCCCUUGAACCAGCCAGGCCGUGCCCUGACCCCCCGUCUCCCCAGCCCCGAGUUUGCCGUCUGUCCCAGCUGGGCCUCCUCGCCGGUCCCGGAGGAGCCCGGCCGGCCCGAACAGACACCGGAGAGUGAAGAGGUGCUGGGGAGGGAUGGCGGAUCUCUGUCCAACAUGCCUAACCCUCCUGGAGGAGAGCCUUGUGAUGAGCCAGUCUGUCUGCCUGUCCAGCUGCAUUCACCGUAGUGUGACUUACUGUAGGCCUCCUGGUGGGGGACACUGACCCAAGGGGGGCAGCAGUGGGUGGGAUCCCUUGUUCUGAUGAAUGUAUUCCUCUCAGUGGACAGCGGCCAUUUACAAUCUCAUCUCAAAAAAAAAAAAGACGUACACUGAUUUUUUUUUUUCUUUUCUCACACGUUUGUGACAUUUCCACAUAGUUCCAAAAUGGCAGCAAAGACUCCAAGUUAUGUUCAGAUUCACGGAUGGAGCUCAAACACUUAGCCGGUUUUGCCUUUUUGCUGUUCUUUAUUUUAUUAUUAUUUUAGUUGUUGUUGUUUUUUUUUCUUUUUUUUUUUUCUUGUUGUGAGAAUUAAGAUGUAGAAUGAAGAUAUGGUUGAAAAAACUGAUCUUGAAAAACACUGCAGAAGAAUGGUUUGAGUGGAAUGGUGAUUUGUAUGAUUAGACUAAUCUAGUCAAGAGGUUUAUAUAGUGUAUUAAAUUAAGUUUUAUUUUUCUGUAUAGAUUCAUUUUAAUUAUUGUAGAUGAUUGUUUAUCCUAGUAGCAGCAAGAGAAAAAAAAGAUUUCUAAAAGUGUGAAAGAGGCACUUUUUUUUAUAAUUUUAACAGUAAUGGUUGUAUUCUUUCUGAGAAGAUUCUUCUAUUAACCUGAAUAAUGGAUUAUACUUUGGUCCUGUAGUUUCAGAAGAAGAUGUCAAAAUCAUAUAUGGUUUAAAAAUGAAUUACAGAGAUUGUACAUACCAAUAAGUAAAACAAUUUCUUUCCUAUUUAUUUUAUUCCUUUAGGGUUUGGUUCCCCCGUCUGGUCACAACUGCCUCUUGAAGCAGAGUAUUUUUUGUUUUUGGGAAGUGGAUUGGGAGCCUUCUGACGUUCUGGUACGAUGCAGACAGGGGCGGGAGGAAGGGAGGGGGUCGUAAGGGGGUGUGCUGUGUAUACAGUGUACAGAUUAUCGCUUGCUUCUCUGCCUUUAGCAUAGAACACCACAAAAAAUGAAAAAACAAAAAACAAAUUCAACACAGCCAUACGAUAACUCAAAAAAAUAACAGAAGUGUGCUUUCUAUGUUGUCUGGAGUGAAAAAUGCUUCAUACAAGCUGCUAGGUGCAAACUGUCCUGGUGUGAUGUAAACAAGCAAUAACGAUUACUUGAGAAUCUCUUGGGGUUUUUUUGUGUUUUUGUUUUUGUAAUUUUUGUACAGUUUCCUGAAUAAAAAGGAUACAUUUUUGCUCCACGUUUGGAUGCAGUAUUAAA